AUGUUUAAGGCCCUCAUGGGGGGCCGCUCGUCAUCCGACCUGCGCUCCAAAAGCAGCCGGCGCAAGUCUGAAAAGACCGAGUCAGACAAGUCCGAUACAAGAUCAAUCUCAAGUCGCAAAUCAUCACGGGGUGACGACCGUGACCGCGGCUUGGGUGAUAUCUCUUCGUACUCGAGCUCCCGCAGCCAUCGUGGACCACACAGCACCACCGGCGACUCAAUCGCAUCCUUUGUGACCGCCGAACCAGAACCCAUGGACAAUUACGAUCGCCUCCCCAUUGAACGAACACCGAAACGCAGAGACAGUGACCGAGAAAGUAAGAGUACCCGCCGGCGCACACGUGAUCGAAGCGAGAGUCCAGACCGUGAGAGACGCCGCCGUCGCGCAACAGAAGAUAGUCUAGAUGACUUGAAUCGGGAGCGCGACCGUCGUGAGCGCUCGCGCACCCACUCCGGGGAUCCAUAUAUGCCCCCAAUUUCUACAAAUAUGCCAUCCAGUGCCCCCGGCGCCCAGUUUCCCACCGAGGGUGCGGGAUUCUCCCAGUUUCCCAUGCAAUAUGACAAUGCUAUGCCGUCUGCUGGCCAUUCGCCCGAGCAUGCACUCCCUUAUGACCCCCAUGUCCAGCACCAAUUCCCCGGCCAGUUCCCGGAGACGGUCGCGGGACCGUAUCGCCCGCCUAAUCCUGCUGGUGCGGCUGCUGACUAUUAUGGUGACCAAGGCCAGUCGAUCGAGCACCAGCCUGGUGUUCGGCCUGCUCCUCCGACUGUUCUGCCAAAUACUCAAGCACAUUUGAUGGCCGCUUCGCCAUCGGCUAAUCCACCCCCAGAGCCUAGUAGUAUGGGCCAGACGGGUGCGGCGGCAGCUUAUUUCGAUGAUAAUUACCAUGUUCCGGAAGUCAAUCCCCCGGCAUCUUCAUCCAGACCGCCGAAGCCGUCGAACCCUUCGAAACCCUCCAAGCCAUCGGCGGCAAACAUUCUGCCUGCGGCUGCGCUUGGUGCUGCUGCUACCUAUGGAAUUGGCAAUGUUUCGUCUCACUCGGAGACGUAUUCAUCUGAGUACGACGCUACUUCCUACCAGCAGCAUCAACCCAUGGCAUACAAUCCGCCAGUGGCAACCAAUCAACCAAUGCCGAGCAGCAGCCAGAAGCCUCCCAAGCCAUCCCACUCUCACAGCUUCAGUGAAGGUGCCGGAUUGGCUGCUGCCGGUGCUGCUGGAGGGUACAUACUCGGCCACCAACAUCACUCUUCAAGCCCCGAGCAUGGGUCGUAUUCUUUCCAGAACUACGAGCAGUCUUCGCAGGCUGGCGUGCCACCAUAUGCCGCUGGCCAUUCAAAUAGCUUGCAUGUUGCAGGCCCAGGUGGCCACGCUACCCACGCCAUCCACAACCCAGGUUUCUAUCCCCACGGACCCAGUGCACUUGCUAUGCGCGAGCGCCAGCGUGGCGCGGUUGGGCGAUUCGUUGAUUUCUGGCGUGACCCCGAAGGCGUGGGAAGGUUCGAGGACUACACCGAGACCAUCGGCGUGUGUAAGUACUGUUUCCAACCUGGCACAACCUCCGUCGAUGCCCCUCGCAAGCAUCAUUACCACAGCCGUCGCCGCCGACACUCCGCCGAUCGGUACAGCAGUGGUAGCUCGCGAGUCAGCAAGGUCAGCCGAUAUAAUUCCUCUGAAGACGAGAGCCGCCGACGCAAUAAGUCCAACAAAUCUUCGUCAUGGCUACCUGGUAUGCUGGCUGGCUAUGCGACCAAGUCUCUCUUCUCAAGCAAGGAGUUCGAUGAUUCUUACAGUAUCCGCUCCGGCCGUGUUGACUCGUCCCAUGGCGAGGAUGAUGACCGCAAGAGCUAUACGUCUCGCGGCGUGACCCGUCGUUCGGGCCGUAGCCCGCACAGAGAUCAUCAAUCUGACUUUAAGCGUCCUCACUCUGGAUAUGCUCGCACUCACCGGUCGCGAUCCCGUUCUUCGUCACGAUCCGGUCGCCACUCAUUCAUGAAGGAGGCUGCGCUCGGCGCCGCGGUGGGUGGAGCUGCCUAUGCUGUAUCCAAGUCUCGAAACCGCUCCCGCAGCCGUUCCCCUGAAAGAAGCCACCGCCGAAAGGAUUCUACUUCAUCGUCAUCGUUCGUUAAUGUUGCUCGGCCUGCUAAGAAAUCCGUUGCGGGUGGCAUUGGAUCUUUCUUCAUGUCUUCGUCUGAGAACCGGAAGAAACGCCAGACCAAGAAGCGCAGGGGUUUCUUCUCUUUCAAUGGUGGCUCUUCGUCCUCGUCCUUAGACAAUGAUCUUGCCUUUGGAGAUGGAUUCCAGAAGAAGUCCAAGCUCAAAAAGAAGGAUAAGAAGGGCAAGGAUGUCGACGCCGCUUUGAUAGGUCUUGGCGCUACGGCGAACCGUUUGGCUGGUUCAUCGCCUCAUGGUCCUGGUCGUACCACGGGUCAGAUGUACACUGCCAAAUCCCGUCACUCGAACUACGCAUCCUCUGCUACGAAUGAUGAAGAGUGGGUCGAUGAGUCGGAGGACGGCUCUAGCGCCAGCUCGGCCUUAGCAUUCGGAGCAAGCAGUUCCGAGUCCACCUCCGACUCCAGUAGCAGCAAAUGGGGCUGGAGAUGGGGCAGCAAGAAGAGCAGCAAGAAGAAGGACAAGAGGUCUAAUGCCACAAAAGUCGCUCUGGCAGCUGGCGCUGGCGCUCUCGGAGCAGCUGCCAUUUCUGCUCGCCACCACGAUGAUAGUAAGCCUCCAAGCAGCGCCGGUAGUCUUCAACAAGUCUACCCGAUACCUACUUCCGACCCAUCUCGCUUUGACGUUGCCAAGAUGAACCCGCGUGUUCAAUCCGUUGACGAGCCGACACUCGUUCGUCCCGGUCCUAUUCCUCUCCAACAGCCGCAACCUUUCACCCCUGUCUCUCAAUCUGUGUUCACCACCCAGGGAGGACUGCCUGCAGCAAUUCCUGCAUACAGUGCACCCGUGGUCCCGGCCGCGUAUGGAAAUGGAUUCGAGCAAUACGAUAGACAGUUCCAAGAUGCUCGCGAUCCCGGGUGGGCUCCAGAAGAUUCAACUUUCUCUGAUCGCCGGAGACCUCUUCGACGCAGUGACUCCUCACCUGUUUAUCCGACGCAGGAGACUGCAUCAAGCAUCAAGCGUCGGUCCACCGGCAGGGACCGGGAUCAGGCCUCUGUUUCAUUCAACUUGACAGAGGAACAGGUCGAAAGGGAACAUCGUAACAAUCGCCGUGAAAAGAACUCUUCCAACAGAAUUCCCGAUGAGCCUGUUCAACUGAUUGACCGAGAGGAAGAUCUGGCCCGCCAGGAAGCGGAACGCCGGGAUCGUCGCCGGAAAGAGAAAGAGGCUGAAAAGCGACGAGAAGACAGUGACAGAGAAAAGAGCUCUUCAUCAUGGGUUGGCCCCGCAGCUGCCGGAGUGAUUGGCGCAGCUGCCGCCAGCGCGAUCCUUUCUCGCAAGGGAGACGAUAAUGUCUCCGAAGCCAGCUCACGACACAGCGAGCGCCGCGAAAAGCGCCUCGCCGAGCGCUACCGAUAUGACAACGAGGCUGAUCCAUCCCUCAUAUCGGAAUUCAAGCCCGAGCCAUCCAUCAUCUCCGAGUUCACGCCAACUGAGCCCAUCGAAGAAUUCACAGCGGAGCACCACGAAGACCCGCAACCCCGGUCUCCACAUGUCCGUCCAGCCUAUGUGCACGACGAUUAUGCUGAGUUUUACGCCCCUGAAGAGAUCCGCCACAGCCCAGACGUGCAUGCUCGCCACGGCUCCGUUCCCACAAUCGUGGAAGUGGAGCCUGCUAGCGAACGGCGAACGCAAGAAGAGCCCGAGCCCGUACAUAUCGACUAUUCUUACGAGCCUUAUCAGAGCGUCGACCGUCUUCCAUGGCCAGUCCCAAGACUUAACUUCAUUGAUCCGACACCUCCUCACAGUGUGAAUGGUGGUUCUGUGAGAGAUGCUGCCUCCCCCGUCGUGAGCGCGACCGUUCCGGCAGCUACUCAAUACGACACCAAGCCGCGCUCAACAACCUCCCGCGUUUCAUGGGGCGAGCACAAGACUCACGAAUAUGAAAUUCCUUCUUCGUCCGAGCAGGACCCUCUCGAUUAUGACGCGCCAGAUAGCCCGACACAUGUCCCCCUCCCUCCAUCUGAAGUCUCCGUCUCAGCCAAGGACGUCCCACUUCCUGCUUCUGAAGUCUCGCAGAACAAGAAUGUCGGCGGGUCGGGAUAUGGCGCUGACAUCGAAUUCGCCGCUACGAUUGCUGCUGCGACCGCUGCCGCUGGAUUCGAUCCCAAGAUCAUUACAAAUGACCCCUCAUACCACAUGCGCACCUCGCCACCCGGCUCGGAAGAUGAAAAACAUGUGCAUGGACCCUUUACCUCGCCUUGGUCUAAACGCAGAGACCACGGCUUCGUGGAGGGUGAGCUCGAAGAGCUAGAUCCCAAGUCUAAGGAGAUUUCACCUGCGCCGGAACGCGCUAUGCGGGAUAAGGACGAGCACGGGGACCGUGUUUCUCCAGAGCGAGCCGAUGAGAGAAACAUCGAUACUUACUCUAUGCCUGGUGGCUUUGAUACUGCGGACCCGAGAGAUUAUGUCGAUGACAGAUCUGUUUUCUCGGCGCCGCCGGUCGAUGCAACGUCCAAGCCCAAGUCUGAAUCAAAGCCCAAGUCCAAGAAGUCGAGGCGCAGCAGCGAUGUCUUUGAUGUCCCUGAGCUCGCGGAGCGCGAUAUUGCUCACGAGGCGCAAUUGGUUCUUUCUCAACUGCCGGAGGAGAAGAUUCCUGAAUCCAGACGUGAAGAAUUACCGAUCGAGGAACAUCGCCAGCUGCCUGAGACCGUGGAUUCUUUCUCCAUGGUCUCUGCCCCUGUCUCGAAGGAUGAGACUUCCAAGACUCAGUCUCGCAAGUCUCGUCGUGGUGGCGAUGACUUCGAGAUUCCGUACCAAGAAGCUGAAGUGGAGCCGGAGCGUGAUGAAUCAUUCUCUGUUGUUUCCGCCCCCAUCUCCAAGGACGAGACGUCCAAGUCCAAGGCCCGUAAGUCUCGCCGCAGUGGUGAUGACUUCGAGACUGCGGCUGCAUACCAAGAACCUUUACUUCCAGAGUCUCGCGAUGAUUCUUUCUCUGUUAUCUCUGCUCCCGUGUCCAAGGACGAGACUUCCAAGUCUAAGUCCCGCAAGUCUCGUCGCAGUGGAGAUGAUUUCGAGGUUGCAUACCAAGAGCCUGAGGUUGAGCGUGAUGAUUCUUUCUCUGUUAUUUCUGCUCCUAUCUCCAAGGAAGAGACUUCUAAGUCCAAAUCUCGCAAAUCACGCCGCAGCGGUGAUGACUUCGAGAUUUACGAAUCACGCGAACCCUCUCCAUCACGAGAAGUCUCCCGCUCUGCCACCUCCACUCCUGGCCCCAGAGAGGAGUCCUCCAAGUCUAGAAAGUCACGACGCAGCGGCGACGACUACGAAUCCCGCUCACGGGAAGUCUCUCUUUCCCGCGACGAUCGCUCCGUCUUCUCCGCACCCGUCUCAAAAGACGAGACCUCCAAAUCGAGACGGUCUCGCCGCAGCGGUGACGACUUCGACAUCUCUCGAUCGCGCGAUGUAUCUGAAUCCCGGGAUGACACCCGUUCUGUUCUUUCUGAAUCCGCCAAGUCAAGGAAAUCUCGCCGCAGCGGAGAUGAUUUCGACCCUCGUCGUGACGCCGGCACACCGCCUCCUGACGAUGAAGGUGGAGAGGAGAAGAGAAGACGAAGGAAGCAUCGCUCGAAAAGUGGGAGUGAUGCUUUCUCUGUUGAUGAUGAUGCUCGCUCUGUUGUCACCGAUGUGGCGGAUGAUAAGUCUGAGCGCCGCAAGCAUCGUCAUCGCUCGUCAAGGGACUUCGAUGACGCUGCUUCCAUUACAUCUGCUAUAACCGAUGUCGCAGAUGACAAGUCUGAGCGCCGCAAGCACCGCCACCGCUCAUCGAGGGACUUUGAUGACAAUGCCUCUGUGACGUCUUCGCCAGCCCGGAUUUCAGAAUCCCGCGAAAGGCGCAAGGGCGAGGAAAAGAAAGAUAAGAGCGGGGGCUUCCUGAGAAGUCUCUUUGGGUCGCAAGUUUCAGCCCCUGCUGAGCGUGUCCGGUCUGACCAUUCCCGAGACCAUUCGCGGUCUUCCUCACUGGACAAACGCUCAUCUCGCGAAGCCAUCUCUGAGGUUGGCGGUGACGAAGAACGCCGCCGUCGCAAGAAGCGUUCUUCCAGACACCGCAGCUCUAGCAAUGGGGAUGAGUUGAAUGCUGACUUGUCAGACAAGGAGAAGGAUGACCCUAAUCUGGAGGAGUACAGGUCUAGUAGGCAACGCAAGGAAGAGGAACGUCGUCAGAAGUAUGAGGACAUUGUGGACUCAGGAAGGAAACGGGAUUCCGCGAAGGACUAUAAUGACGACGCCAAUUCUUUUUUAAGCGAGCGCCCCGAAAUGCCCGCUAACCACGACACCGGUGCUUCGGGGCUUCUAGCAGCAACAACUGUCGCUGCAGGUCUAGGUCUAAAUGAGAUCCUGCAGGGGAGGCCCCGAAGCCGCUCAAUCUCUCCUCCAAACGCCGAGAAAACCCUCGACCUAACCCCCAAGUCGAGCAGUAGACCCGGCUCACCGGAAACAAGCCGCCACUCACCACCCCAGCGCCGACACUCCGUCGCCAAAGCAACAGAAUCACCCACGGCUGUGCCUCUCCACUUCCGCCGACCCCCAACCUCCCCAGGCCUCUCGCGCGCACUCCCAGUCGAGCAACCACUCGCCUCACCCGGCUCACCGAGCCAACAACGCCACCGCCGUCCAGGCUCAGUGGAAUUCCGCAACUCGCGCGAGAUAAGACCACUAUGGCUCGUUGAGCGCCACAGCCUAGUAAAAGGCGAGACAGAAGGCGAAGGCGACCUCCCAUCCCUCCCAUCAAGCAAGACCUCUUCCCGAGCGCCCUCAAUCGAGGACCUCAAAGCCCUCAAUGACGAAGACAUGAAGAGCUGGGAACAUGUCGACCUGAGCCAGUCCAUCAUGGACGCCCGUCCAAACCUGACCAUUUCCACAGACCAGGCGCAUGAGCACGGGCACGGAGACCGCAAUAUCGAUGUCCUUGACUCCCAGCAGGCAACGCCUACCGCGGAACAUUUUGACAAAGAAAAGGACAGACCGCGAUAUGAGUUCCACUCUCCUUCGGAGCUCUUGCGGGAUCCGGCUUCGCUGGAUGAUCUCCCUGCUUCGCUGACAAUGGACCGUCUCCCUUCUGUUGAGGGCUCGGUUGUUGGGUCUGGCUCGCCGCGCGAAUUGAGUGCCGAGGAAAAGAGUGAAGAGACGAAUCGUGCUCUUGAUGCCCUUGAGGGGAGGGAUCGACCUAGGACUCCCGCGCAGGAUGGGUUCGAUUCUGCGAAGGGUGGUUUCGCGGAUGUCGUUGAUGCCGCUGCUAUUGCUGCCGUGAGGGAGCGUGAUGAACAUGAGCAUGCUUCGGAUGAGAGCAAGGCUGGAUUCGGCGAUGUCGUCGAUCAAGCUGUUGCUACUGAGACUCGGGAGCACAGGCCUGAAGACAUCAGUGAGCCUGUUACUGCUGCCGAAGACAAGGUUCCUGAGGCUGAGUCUAUUCCAGAAGUACCAAAGGAAUUGACUCCCGAGUCGACCGAACAGCCAGUUGAAGAGCCUCAGCCUUCUGAACUUGCUGCUGAUGACGUCGAAGCUUCGCAGUCUUCUAAGAAGAAAAAGAAGAAGAAGGGGAAGAAGAACCAGGCUCAGACUGAGUCUGAGGCUACCUCGGAAAAUGGCGCCAAGGAACUGGAACCAGCACAGGAUAUUGUUGCUGACACGCUUGCUGAGAUUGAGGAGCCUGCCCCUGAGCCUGCGACUCAGUCAGUUGAAGCAUCGCGAGAAAUUCAAGUCGAGCCUGAGGCUAUGCUUGUCGAGCGAGAUGCUCCUGUUCAGCCGGAACCGGAAGCGGAGCCUGUUGAAGCAUCCCGAAACAUUGCACUCGAGCCUGAAGUUGUAGCUGAGUCUCCUGAAGCAAUGAUUGCCCCCAAUGCAGAGGCAGAGACUGCGCCUGCAGAAAUCGAGCAGGCCGAGGAUACUACAUCUUCAUCUAAGAAGUCUAAGAAGGACAAGAAAAAGAAGAAGAAGGGUAAAAAUGCUUCUACUGAAGAGCCUACCGAAGAUGUGGUCUCUGCUCAGCCCGCAGAAGAAACCCCGACUUCAAAGGAGAUUGACGAGGUUCCUAUCUCGACCGACAUCGAGAAAACUUCUGAAGAAUUGCUUAUCUCGGAUGUUGCCGUGGAACAGGAUCCUGCCGAGCAAAUCCCCAAGGAGGAACUCGCUAUUGUAGGCGAAGACGUUGUAUCUAUGGACCACGAAAAACCAACUGAAGAGGCCUCUGAGCCCGUAUUCAUCGACGCCAAUGAGUCCCAAACCCCCGAAGCUACACCUCAAUCCGAAGCCGAGGAGGCCUCCCGUGGCUUGGAAGAUAUCGAGAAGCCAACUGAAGAUACCGCCGUGGCUUUCGACGAGCCGGCUGCCGUUCCAGAAACACCCAAGGAAGGCAGUGAAGGUGAAGACGAAUUCCAAGAGGCCGUUGAAGAGCAGAGUCCUCAGCCUGCCGAAGAGCAACUUGCACAGCCGGCCGAAGAAAAGCUUGCAGCCGAGCCUGCAGCGGAAAAUACUCCAGCCCCAGAUACCCCGACAGAAGCCACAGAAUCCAAGGCAGAGAAACGCAAGAACAAGAAAAAGAAGAACCGCAAGUCUGCCGUUGAAGAUAACGCUGCCGAGACACCUGCUUCUGAGGGUGAGCCCCAGCCAAAGAUGGAGGAGCCCAAGCUUGAGGAACCAGUGACUGCCGAUCCUGCAGAUACCCAAUCCCCGCAGAUUGGCGGUGAAGCCUUACCUUCUGACCCUGAAGCUGUCGAGAAUAUUAACGAACUUUCCGAUACUGCCAUUGAAGAGCUUGCAGCUCCCCAAGAGCAGGAUGUUCCUUCAACUGAGGCUGUGGACGCAAUUUUUCCUGCUGAAGUGGAGUUUGUUGAGGACUCUUCUCGUGAUCUUCCAGCGCCUGCCGCUGAGACUCAGCCUGAAACCGACCUGAUGGCUCCUACUGAUGAAUCUUCUCGUGAAGUCACAGAGCCUACUAUGGAUACUCAACCCGAGGCUGGGGCUGAAGCUCAACCUGAAGCCGAAGCCGAAGCCGAAGCCGAAGCCGAAGCCGAGCCUGAGGUAGCCAUGACUGCUGCGCAGAAAAAGAAGGCCAAGAAGGAUAAGAAGAAGAAGGGCAAGCAGACCGAAUCUUCUAUCCCUGACGAUGAGAAACCAGCUGAAGCUACCGAGGCAGCACCUGGAACAGAGGGCGCGGUUGAGGAUAUAGCCAAAGAGGUUACCGUCCUUGAGGAUGCACCAGUGGAUGUCCCUCAAGGAGGAGAUCAGGCGCUCGUGCCCGCAGAGGGUGAACAGUCUUUUGACCCUGAGCAACCUUCUCAAACCGACCAGCCCGCGGAGCUCGAAAUACCCAAGGAAGAAACCACACUCCCGGCAGAAGCAGCAGCAGAGUCAAUUGAGGCAGAGACACCAGCUGAGCCCUCAGUAUCCGAGGAACAGCCCAAAGCCGAAGAGACUCCUGCCGAACCCGAGUUUCCCAUGACCGCCGCAGAGAAAAAGAAGGCAAAGAAAAACAAGAAAAAGCAGCAGAAGCAGGAAGAGAGUACCAGCUCUGUUCCAGAUGACGCCCAGACUGUCGAGCCUUCUCCACUAGAUGCCGAGCCCAUCGAAGCUAGCAAGGAAAUCGCGCCCGCUGAAGAUGCCCAGAUUGAUGCCCCCGCCGAUGCCUUGGCGCCAGUGGAUAUCGAGCCAUCUGGUGAACAGGAUGUUCCACCUGUGUCUACAGAGGAACCGGAGAUACUUCCCGCAGCUGAAGCCGCCCCGUCUGCCGAUGCUGAACUUGCUGAAUCAAGCAAGGAUAUUGCGCCUGUUUCUGAGGCUGAGAUUCCUGUAGCCGAAGAAACCUCCGCACCUGUCGACGUCAAGGUUGGCACUGAUUCUUCCGCUCCUGUUGAUCUUCCCCAAGAUAUUGACGAAACCUCCAAACCGGAUGAGCCAAGGGAGGUUGAUGAAACUCCCGCGCCUGUCGAGGGAGAAGCUCCCACCAAAGAAGCUCCAACUGAGCAGGAGGUUCCAAUGACCGCCGCAGAGAAGAAGAAAGCCAAGAAAAACAAGAAGAAGCAGCAGAAAUCCGACUCUGUGCAGCUUGACGAACAACCUAUUCCUGAGGCUGAGCCUACUUCUACCGAGGACAAGAGCGUUGAGCAGCCUAGCGAUGUUGUGCCCGAGGCCGAGUCCGCACCUACCGCUGAGGUUGUAGAAGUGUCUGCUCAGCCCGAGCCGGCACAGGAAGCUGAUAUCCAGACCAAACCCGCAGAGGAACAGACCCGUGAUCUUCCUACUCUCGAAAAUGAAGCCCCCACAGAGCCAAUCACUGAAGAGACUGUCGUUGUCCCCGAAGUGUCUGAACAAGUUCUCGACGUUCCAAUUAACACCAAGGAGGCCGCGCCUGCAACGGGGGAGACCACUGCCCUCGCGGAGAGCGCCCGGGAAGAACAAAAGGGUGAUAUCACUGCCGGAGAGGCACCUCUAGAUAAAUCCCUCGACGAUAAGCCUGCCGAUUCUACACCUGAAGGGGUUGCAGAGGAGACAAUGACGCCCGCUCAGAAGCGCAAGGCCAAGAAAGAUAAGAAGAAGAAUCGCCAAUCCGCUGUCGCUGAGGGAGAGCAAUCCGCGCCUACCGAAGAGGCUUCCCCGGCUACGCCUGUUGAGAAAGAGAUCAAGCCUGCCGAGGAAGAGAUUAAGCCUGCCGAAGAUGAACCAAAGCCUGCUUCUAUCGAGCAACCUACUGAGGCUUUAGCCACGCAAGAGACUGAGCAGCCCGUUUCCGAGCCACAUGCGGAGCCCCCUGUGGCCGCACAGGAUGCGCCUAGGACCGAGGAGAUUAUCCCUGAAGAGAGCAUCCAGGAGGCUAGUCCUGUCGAUGAAGCCGCCGCCGCUGCUGCCGAAGCGGCCGAAUACGAAGGGAUGAAUGCAGCUCAAAGAAAGAAGGCUAAAAGGGAGAAAAAGAAGCGCGAGGCCCUCGCUGCCAAGGAACAGCCUGCACCAGCCAAUGAAGAAACAGAGCCCGCUCCUUCCGAGCCACAUCUAGACGAGCAGCCUGCGCCACUGGAGGAAGAAAUCAAGCUUUCUGAUGACCAGCCUACGGAAAAGCAGGCUAUAGUCGCGGAAGAGGGGAAGGAUCUUUCCACGGAGGAACACACCGAGCCGACUUCCACUCAGGAAAUCGAACAGUCCUCUUUCGACCAAGAUGCAGACCUUCCUGUUGUGGGAAAGGAGAAAACAAACACAGAGGAGGCUUCUACUACCGAAGAGAUCACCCAGCCGCAGGCCCCUGUGGAAUCCAGCGCUGCUGAAGUUGAUGAAUUCGAAGGCAUGACUGCUGCUCAAAGGAAGAAGGCAAAAAAGGAGAAGAAGAAGCGCGAAGCUCUUGCUGCGGAAGAGAAUAAGCCGACUCCCGUCGAGGAAGAACAUACUGCAGCCGCGGAAGUGCCUCUUGAGGUCACCGAGCCAAGUCCUGUCCAGGACGCCGAACAGCCUUCUCUUGAGCCAACUGUUGAAGUUCCCACUACCGCCGAGGAACCAAAGGUCGAAGAGAUCGGUCCCGCCGAUGAGACUACCCAACCAGACGCAGAAACUGAUGGUGCCGCUGCAGAAGCGGCAGAAGUUGAUGAGUUCCACGGCAUGACCGCCGCUCAGAAGAAAAAGGCCAAGAAGGAGAAGAAGAAGCGCGAAGCUCUUGCUGUGGAAGACAAUAAGCCGAAUCCAACUCCUGUGGAGGAAGAACAGCCUGUAGCUGCGGAAGUACCUGUUGAGGUCGCCGAGCCAAUUUUGGAAGUUCCUGCUAACACCGAGGAACCAAAGGCCGAGGAACUGCCUCCCACCGAUGAGACUGCCCAACUGGAUGUAGAAGCUGAUCGUGCCGCUGCAGAAGCGGUAGAAGUUGAUGAGUUCGAAGGCAUGACCGCUGCUCAGAAGAAGAAGGCCAAGAAGGAGAAGAAGAAGCGCGAAGCUCUUGCUGCGGAAGAGAAUGAGCCGACUCCAACUUCUGUGGAGGAAGAACAACCUGCAGCUGCGGAAGUGCCUCUUGAGGUGACUGAGCCAAUCUCUGCGCAGGAUGUUGAACAGCCUUCUCCUGAGCACAUUGUGGAUGCUCCCGCUACCACCACAGAGGAACCAAAGGCCGAAGAACUCCCUCCUACCGAUGCAGCUGCCCAACCAGACGCAGGGACUGAUGCUGCCGCCGCAGAGGCCGCAGAAGCAGCUGAGUAUGAGGGCAUGACUGCUGCUCAAAAGAAAAAGGCCAAAAAAGAGAAGAAGAAACGCCAAUCUCUCGCUGCCGAAGAACAGAAGCCAACUCCAUCUCCUGUGGAGGAAGAACAACCUGCAGCUGCGGAAGUGCCUCUUGAGGUGACUGAGCCAAUUUCUGCCCAAGAUGUUGAACAGCCUUCUGAGAACAGUGUGGAUGUUCCCACCACGACGCAGGAACCGAGAACCGAAGCAGUCCCUACCGCCGAAGAGUCUUCCCAACCGGAUCCAACAGCUGAUGCUGCCGUUUCAGAGGCCACAGAAGAAGCUGAAUACGAGGGUAUGACGGCUGCUCAGAAAAAGAAGGCUAAGAAAGACAAGAAAAAGCAACAGCGCAAGUCGGUUGCUUUUGAAGAAGCCACUCCGGCUGAAGAGCCAAAGGAAGAGCAACCCGACGAAAAGAGCAAGUUACAGGAUACUCCAGCUGAAUUGGCUGUCUCUGACGAAUUGCCCAAGGAGUUGGCAGUUACCGAGGAAGUGACCCAACCUGCGGCCGAACAGAAAGACUUGGAGAAGAGCGAGAAUAUUGCUCCUACCGAAGAAGCUAAGGAAAUUAUUGAGGCUGAGGCAUCUGACCCUACUGAGGCGAAAGAGCCGAUUUCCGCUGCAGAAUCUACUGGGCAGUCGGAACAGGAUACUCAACUUCCUUCGGAGCCUCAGUCUCCGGUCUCACAAGAGCCUGAAGUUCCUUUGACUGCUGCGCAGAAGAAGAAGGCUAAGAAAAACAAGAAGAAGGGAAAGUCAGUGGACUUGGCUGAGGAAACCUCUGUACCUGCGGAGGCAUCUGAGGUGCCUGAAGCUGCUACUGAGACUCCUACGGAUACGCCAGCUGAGAUCCCUGGACAAGCGCAGCCCACGGAGACUGUUGGGCAUAGUGCCAUCGAAUCCGAAACUCCAAACCCCGAGGAUGUCGAAUUAGCUGUUUCUGGAGAUUUGCCGAAGGACGAAGCCCCUACAGCCAAGGAGAUCGACAAUGAAACCCCAGCCAUCGAGGCAGUUGCCGAGCCAGAGCCAACUCCCAAGGACGCCAACGAGACUGCUUCUUCGCCUGCCGAUACCACCGCCGCCGAAGCCGCCGAAGCCACCGAAGCUGCCGAAUACGCAGGCAUGACAGCUGCCCAAAGAAAAAAAGCCAAAAAGGCAAAGAAACGCCAGUCAAAGAACGCCAACGCCGAUAAUGACUCCGCCCCGGCAACCGAGCCAGGCACACCAGUUGGAGAGCCCAACAGCGUUGAGAAAGGCCUCAUCUCGACGGACACAGACGCCCCUGGACUUUCAGCCGUAACGGCGUCCUCGCCUGCGGAACAUGACGGUAAAGAUCAGUCCCACGACGAAACACACGACGCCACGGCGCAAGAAACGCCCUCGACUGAUAUAUUCAUGUCUUCGCAGGUUGAGACGCCGAUAGACAGUUCUUUUUUAGAUUAUCCUCCCCAGCCCGUGCUUGAGCGUUCAGUCAAUUCCGGCGAGUUGGAGGAGGUAGCUGCUCCGCAGGAGGGUGAUGUUGCCCCUUCUGCACAGGAGCUUGAUGUUGCUGAGCCAACUCCUCUUGCGGAGGAGAAGGCUGUUGAUAACAUUGAAGUUGGUGAGGAGAAAUCGUCUGUGCCGGAAGCGGGCGAUCUCUCAAUGGAACAGGCUGAGGAGAAGCCUGUGGAUGUGCCGGUUGAAGUUGUCGAGGCACAGACGGAAGAAGUCCCCCUGGAGGAUGAGGCUUCUGAGAUGACUGUUUCGAAGAAGCAGAAGAAGAAAAACAAGAAAAACAAAAACAAAAAACAAGAGGAAGAAGUCCAAGUCCUUGAGCCUGAAUCGUUUGCUGCAGAGGAGAAGGAGCAGCUUGAAGCUGUGCCUUUGAUCGAGGCCGCGCCUCAGGCCGAGGAAACGGCAAUCACUGAGCCCGAGCUAGUUUCUGAGGCUGAACGAGUGACUGUUCUCGAGGAGCAACCUACAGAGCAGUCCAAGGAUAUUGAAGAGCCUUCAACCAUGGAAGAAUCCAUCGAGAAACUUGUUGUCGAAAAGCCUUCUGAAGAUCAGCCAAUUGAGGUUGCUGAAGAUACCAAGGAGCCUACUAUCCCAGAGGCCGAAGGUGUUAACCCUGCCUCCGAAGAGACUGCUGUCAAUGCCGAGGCUCCUAUCACCGAAGAACCUGAAAAGGCCCCUGUCUCAAAGAAAAAGAGUAAAAAGGACAAGAAGAAGGAACGCCAACUUAGUGCACAGGAACCCGAGGCUGAGCCCCAGGCCGAGGAACAGCCAACACCAGAAGUAACUGGAGCGACGGCUCUAGAGACUGAAAUCGCAACCGAAACUGCCCCUGCCGAUGAGAAGACGCAGGAUGAGCCUGCUGCCCAGACCGAGAAACAGCCAACACCAGAAGUCACUGAAGCGACGGCUCUAGAGACUGAAAUCGCAACCGAAAGUGCCCCCGCCGCUGAGAAGACGCAGGAUGAGCCUGAUGCCCCGGCCGAGGAAGCCUCGCUCCAGCCUAAUGAAAUCCCCGAGGAGACUGCACCGGAUGUUGAGCGUCCUGCUGGGGAGGCUGAACAACCCGCCCCAAGCCAAGAGGUGGAACUAGGAGAGAGAUCGCUCGGGGUUCCAUCGAUCGAGACGAAUCCUGGAUUCGAAGACGCAGACAAGUCGCACGAAGAUGCUGUUGAAACACUUACUCAGGCCCCAGAUAGCGAACAAGCUGCUGAGCAAGCCCCAUUCGAAGCUCCCGCUGAGGUGGCAGAGGAAAAGCCGACCGCUCCCAAGAAGCUGACCAAGAAAGAAAAGAAGGCCGCUGCAGCAGCAGCAGCAGCCGCGGCUGUCGCUCUUGAGGAAGAGAAAUCUGCCGAGCCUGAGGCUGCAUCCAUUGAUCCAUCGACUGCCACGCCUGAAGUCCCAGAGCAAGUCGCAGAGCAACCCAUUUUGGAUGAGCCACUGCGUUCCGAAACCAAGGACGAGGCUAUUACCAAGGCAGCCCAAACUUUUGAUGAAUCAACAGAGGCGACAAUCUCGGAGCUUAAGGAAGAUGACCCAGAACCUGCCGAGACUCUUGAACCCACCGAGCCGCUCGAGCCAGAAGCUCAGCCGAAGGAAUCUGCCAAGGAGCUCGCAGACGAGCCAAUAGAUGACUCCCUUACUAGGAAGAUGUCAAAGAAGGAGAAGAAGAAGGCCAAGAAACAAGGUAAACAAAUACCAAUCGAGCCGUCUUCUCCUGCGCCCAAGGAGUCUACUUUCGCCGCCGAACCCGACAUUGUUGAGGCAGCCCCUGAACCGCUUGCUCUCAACGAAACUCCAGUCGAGCCUGUUCCCGCACCUGAGUCCAUUUCUCGGGAAACACCAAAUGAGGCCUUUGAGCUAGAACCUGAGACCAUCGAGACAGCCGCAGUUGAAGAGGAAACUAUUACAUCGAAAGACAAGCAAAUCCCGGCGAGUGAGAACGAUGAAACACUCGUCUGCCGGGACCCAAUCGACGCACCAUCGCCUGCUGAGGCUGAUGUUCAAGACACAUCCGCAGACAUCCCAGAACAGGUUGUCACCGAUAAACCGCUUGCUCCUGUCGAAGACAGCGCGGUCGAACACCAUGUGGAGCAGGCAGCCGAGCCUGACGCUGUCGCCGAGCCACUCGGGGACCAAACCCGAGAACCAGAAGUGGUGCCAGCUCUGUCCAAGAAGAUGUCGAAGAAAGACAAGCGCAAAGCGAAGAAAACCACUGGUAUUACUGACGAGGCUCCAACUCAAGAGGAAGUCGUUCCGGUUAUUGCUGCCGAGCAGACCAUGGAGGCUCAGACUCAGUCAGCAAACCCUGUCAUGGAGCCAGAAUCCCAAGAAACCGGUCCUAUCCCAGAGCCUGGGCUUCCAUUGGAACGAGAGCUGCCCAUUGAUGCUCCGCUUCCGAUCGAGGAACAACAUACAGACCAAUCAGAACCUCAGGUUGAAUCCCAACAAUUUAAACCCGAACUACUUGAGAAAGAGAUCGGUACUGCAGAGCGUAUGAACAUCGCGCCCUUCGAGGAAGAUUCACCCAAGGCGCAAGCAACUAAAGCGCCUGUCCACAAGCCUGACGAAGAGGACUGGCCUGCAAUUGACUGGGAACAAAAGGCUGAACAGUCCCAGCAAUUGAAGGAAGCAGACCUUGAGCCCGAGCCAGUGGCAUUACCAGCACAAGAGAUAGUUGGAGAUUUCGAACGUUCUCCGCCACCUAAGUCCUUGCAAGACACCGAGUCAAAAGAGGCUGCUGAGGAUUCUUCGGUCCUGCCGAUGAGCAAAAAAGACAAGAAGAAGGCCAAGAAGAAUAAGAAGCAGUCUCAACAAGCUUUUGAGGCCGAAGAGCCGGAAAUCGUCGACAAAGAGAUCGAGCCGCCUGCUAGGGCUACUACUCCUGGUGGCUCUAAGAUCGCUAAUUUAUUUCCUGGCCUUGAGCGUGGGGGAUUCAAACGAACUUUAGAAAAGCAGGACUCGCCAAAAGAUAGUGCCGAGGAAGCGGACUUGAAAACAAAUUUCGAAUCCACAUUUCCUGUCUCGGAAGCACCCGCGGUGGCCAUUGAAACCAGAGGAAUCCAAGAGCCCGAGCUGCCUAGCACUCUUGAACAGCAAAUCGAGUCUGCAAUUGCCCAUGUCAAGUCCUACGAGGAAGUCCCUGCUACAGAGAAUGAAUUUACCAAGGGACUAGAGCAAGAGUUACCUACACAAGGCGAACGAUCUUUGGAUGCGUCAGUGUCGUUCCCAACAGAGGUCACUCCCGAGGAGCCAGCUUCACAAUUCCCCCCAGAGCAGGCUGGGAAAGAACAAUGUGAACUUCGUCGAUCCCCGUCAAUUCACGGACGACACCAAAUCACUCCUCGAACAUGGAGUCUAGAAGAACCAUCCCUGGCAGCUCGUGCUCCAUCACCUCCUCGGUCUCUGUUCGGAGGACCAAGUGAAGAUUCCUUUACUCGCCCCCGGACUCCACUUGAUACUAUAGUGGAACAAGAACCACGGGAAGGUCACCAAUCUACCACGGCUCAACGCGGAACUCCCCGUCUGGAGAUCAAACCCGAACAUGUCUUACCUCGACCUCACACUCCCGUGCGUAAAUUCACUGACAAUGCCUUUGAUCGAGAAUCAUGGCCUACGGAUGAAAGCAAAAAGCUCACACGAGAACCCUCCCGAGACAAUUUCCGAGAAAUUACAGAAAUGACCAAAACGCCUGAGCAAGGAUUCCAAAUCCUUAAGCCCAGCACCAGCAGUGGAAAAUUACGUCGUGCAAAGCGCAGCGUUAGUGGAGAUUUGCGGGCGGCCAGCCGGGAUUCCCAGCCUUCGACUUCGACGACCGAUCUCGAUCUGCUCCCUUCUUCUUCCUCUUACGACCCCGUCACCGACAAGGGCAAACGUCCUGUACGAAAUAUGUCGGACGUCUAUGAGGGUUGGGGUGAGACGCCCAAUUCCCCACGGUCGCCCAGCCGACCACCUAGUGUCCGUCGUCGUCGCAGCAUGCAACACUUACAAGAUAUCGAAACUCGAAUCGACCAGCUUAUUUCCGAGAAUCGUUUAUUAAUUGCUGCUCGUGAUGAGGCCGAAGACAAAUUACGAAAUGCCAGUGUCGCUCGCCGGAAGAGCGACCGCGCCCUUAAUACCCGUGACGGUGAUCUGCGCGACCGAGACGCAGAGGUGGAACAACUGAAAAACUCGGUGGAAUGGUUACAAAAAGAGACAUCUCGUCUCACACAGGAGAAUGAGGCGAUUACAGCAUCUAAUGCUGCUCUUGCCGCCGCCCAUGCUGCUGAAGUCACUAACGUCCGCGAGUCAUCUACCCGCGAACUUAAUGACUUGCGCUCACAGCACACCCAGCUCUCGUCGCAAAUGGAGGAUCGAGUCCGCCAAGAGAUUGAGUCCGCACUGGCGCAGAAGGACAUUGAGCUGCGCCGUCUGCGCACUGAACUCGAAGAGGCCCGCGACAAAGUGAAGGAGCUACAACAACAAAUCUCAGCCUCGGUACAUGACAAUGCUCUCGUCUUCCGCGACGAGGAAUACUUCGAUGCAGCCUGUCAAAAACUCUGCGGCCACGUUCAAUCAUGGGUUGUGCGCUUCUCCAAACACAGCGACAAGCGUCGCUGCCGCCCACUGAUCGAGUUACAAGAUGAGAAAAUUGCAGACCGCUUCGACAAUGCCCUCCUCGACGGCUCCGACCCAGAUGCCUACCUAUCAGAUCGAGUGCGCCGCCGCGACGUCUUCAUGUCUGUAGUCAUGACAAUGGUCUGGGAAUACAUCUUCACGCGCUACCUAUUCGGCAUGGACCGCGAGCAGCGCCAAAAGCUCAAAUCCCUCGAAAAACAACUAGGCGAAGUCGGCCCAAGCCGAGCCGUGCAUCGCUGGCGAGCAACGACCCUAACCCUCCUCUCUCGACGCCCUGCCUUCGCCGCCCAGCGCGAAAGCGAUACUGAGGCAGUCACCCUGGAAAUUUUCCAGACUCUGUCCCGCGUCCUCCCUCCCCCCUCGCACGUCGAAUCACAACUGCUCGAUAACCUUCGCAAGAUCAUGCGCGUGGCAGUCAACCUCUCGCUGGAGAUGCGCACCCAAUUAGCAGAAUAUAUCAUGCUACCGCCCCUUCAACCGGAAUACGACACGAACGGCGAUCUCGCCCGCCAGGUCUAUUUCAAUGCCGCGCUGAUGAACGAGCGCAGCGGGCAAACAAACGACAACGAUCAGCUCGAGGCUGAGCAGUCCGUUGUGCGGAUUGUCCUCUUCCCCCUCGUUGUGAAAAAAGGCAGCGAUGUCGGUGAGGGCGAUGACGAAGUCGUCGUUUGUCCCGCCCAAGUCCUCAUCGCUCGCCAGAGCAAAGACAAGGUCUCCCGCAUGAUGAGCGGUGAUCGGAUGUCUAUUGAUGCCUCGAAAUCCGUGCAUAGCGUUGCGCCUUCGUCAAUGAUGGAUAAUAUGAGUACUUUGAUUUGA